UGUGCGUGCACACCGUGGGCCCCGAUCCUGUGACAGAUCCAGAGGGUGAGCGAGUUGGGGGGGGGGGUCUGCCAAGCUCACCCGGGCGCCCCUUGGGCCCACCCACCCUCCAGCUGCUCCAGAUGUGGCACCCCCCGCCCCAGCGCAGCUCCACGACAGAACCCGGUGCCCGGCGACACCGGAACCCGGCGCUCUGUGGCCCAGCAGGCGGUUCCGGCGCCGGGGCAGGCGGCCGCGGCGGGCGUGCAGCAUGGUGACGCUGGCGUCGGGCGCCGAGCGCUACGAGGUGGUGGAGAUCCUGGGCAAGGGCACCUUUGGCGAGGUAGCCAAGGGCCGCAAGCUGAGCACGGGCGAGCCGGUGGCGCUCAAGGUGCUGGCGGACGACGCCUACCGGCACCGCAUCGUGCGCAACGAGCUGAAGCUGCUGCGGGCGCUGGGGCGGCUGGACCCCGAGGCAGCCCACGUGGUGCGGUUCCACGAGGGCUUCCAGGCGGGCGGGAAGUGCUACCUGGUGUUCGAGCUGCUGGAGAAGAACCUCUUCGACUUCCAGAAGGAGAACGGCUUCGCGCCCCUGCCCGUGCGGCACAUCCGCACCGUGACGGCCCAGGUGCUGCGGGCGCUGGCCAAGCUCAAGGAGCUGGCGGUCAUCCACGCCGACCUCAAGCCCGAGAACAUCAUGCUGGUGGACCAGGCGCGCCGCCCGUUCCGGGUCAAGGUCAUCGAUUUUGGCUCGGCCAGCUUCUUCCCCGAGGUGCGCUACGUGCGGGAGCCCUACAUCCAGUCCCGCUUCUACCGGGCGCCCGAGGUGCUGCUGGGCCUGCCCUUCUGCGAGAAGGUGGACGUGUGGUCGCUGGGCUGCGUGGUGGCCGAGCUGCACCUGGGCUGGCCGCUGUACCCGGGCGGCAGCGAGUACGACCAGGUGCGCUACAUCUGCGAGACCCAGGGGCUGCCCAAGGGUGGGCUGCUGGGCGCUGCCAGCAAGGCGCCGCUCUUCUUCAAGCGGGCGCCGCAGCCCGAGGGCGGCAGCCAGUGGCAGCUCAAGGCGCCGGCGGAGGCCGGGGUGAAGGCGGUGGAGCGGCGCAAGUACGUGCUGCGCUCGCUGGAGCAGCUGGAGGCAGUGCCGGUGCCCCGGGGGCCGGCGGCGGAGGGGGCGGCCGAGGCGGCGGCCGCGGCGCUGGACCAGCGCUGCAUGGUGGAGUUGGUGCAGCGCAUGCUGACCUGGGACUCGCACGAGCGCAUCGCGCCCGCCGCCGCGCUGCGCCACCCCUUCAUCUCCGCCCAGGAGCUGGCGCUGGGCUAUGGGCGCACCCGCUACUGCCAGCUGGCCCUGCGCGGCCUCCGCCUGGCCCUGGCGGGCGACGAGCGCGGCGCCGGCAUGCAGGGAGCCAUCACCCAGCUGGACGACCUCAGCCUGGCCGAGCCGGGCAUGGAGGGCCCCCCAGGGCUCCUGGGGGAUGGGGCGCGGCCAGGCACCCUCGAGGCCCUGGGCUGCACCCAGGGGUGCCGAGCCGCCUGCCCCAACCCGCGGGCGCGCCCCGAGCCCCCAGUGAUGGAGCCCAUCCAGGCCCAGUACGGGCUGCGGCAUGGCAGCACCAAGUCCCACCGGCCGGCUCGGCACACCCGCUCGGACCCAGCCUUCGAGGGCUGGCGCUCCCCGGGGGACGAGCGGAGCCGUGGCAGCGCCGUGCCCCCGGAGCCGGCCAGCGCAGAUGACCAGAGCCUCCCGAAGCAACAGCCGCGCUCUCCUGGCGCUCAGGUACCACGGCGGGCCCGGCGCCAGGCUGGUUCCCCUCUGUGGGGCUCGGGGGGGACCCCUGGGGCUGCCCGGUUUGGGGGCAACUGGGUGGCAACUGGGGCACGAGGCACCUCCGUCUCACCGCCCCCUUCUCGCCUGCAGAGAGCCAUGGCCGAGCCACCGCUGCCCAGCUCCAGCGCCUGGCUGGGCCCCGAGGCCCGCCUGCCCGAGCAGGGCUCUCCGGGCAUGUUCCCCUACCGGCACCACGUCGCCAGCCACCAGUAA